AACUGGACUGGUCCAGCUCGGCGAUCCGCCAACUUGGACUGGUCCGGCUCGACGGAUGGCCGAGCUGAUCAUGUGUUCGCUCCAGUUCGGCAAUCCGCCGAGCUGGACUGGUUCUGCUCGGUGGAUGGCCGAGCUAGUCGUGUUGACGUUCCAGCUCGGCCAUCCGCCGAGCUGGACUGGUUCAGCUCAGCGGAUGGCUAAGCUGGUCACGUGGUCGAUCCAGCUCGGCCAUCCGCCGAGCUGGACUGGUUCAGCUCGGCGGAUGGCCGAGCUGGUCGUUUGGUUGAUCCAGCUCGGCCAUCCGCCGAGCUGGACGGUGUACUCUGUCCACCCUUCGAUAAAACGAGCAUAACGUAUGCUACAUGAUGCUGAUUGUCUUCAGACCGGUGGCAUUGGAAAGCUAACUCAAAGUUCUAUCUUGUGUCAAAAGAUGAGAUCAAUCAAACUAGGGAAGGUCUUCAUCCAUAGCUAAACAUCUGAAGCGUCUGUGAAGUUAUGCACCUGAAAAGGUCUGAACGAAUGACUUGGAUUGCUUGUUUGGUUUCAUGAUCCAUUUCUCUAGAGUAUUUUGCUCAGGAACUUUUGUCGAGAGUGUGUCGAGAAAGCUUUCAUACAGAAAUAUAAUUUUUGGACGUUUAUUUCUAGAUAACCGUUUUUGACACCAACAAUGUUUGCUUCUUAUUGUCGAUAAUAUAAUUCUAGAACAUCGUACAACCUUUUCAAUAAACAUUAUACAAAAUUUAUAUUGCGAGAAAUAUUUUCCCGAGACUUUUAGACAUUGAUUCCGUCGUGACCUUUUUUGACCCCAACAGUUAGCCCCCCAGCUCGUUAGAAUUGUGAGCUUUUAGUGUGAGGUUCUAGCGAGUGGCUUGGCAAGUUAGGCGGAAUUUAUGGUUGAAAAGUUCCGUCGUAAGUGGUCUUUUCGUUCUUCUGAGAGUGGAAUGCGAUAAGAUUGGGGCUGCGCCUUAUGACGGCUGCCUACGUAUCCUUGUUGAAGGGAUCAAGCCUUUCGUAGUUCGUCUUGGAGUUAAGAUUCUUAUGACCUAUUUUCCAGCGAGACCUUUACGGUCUAUAGUUUAUAUGUCGUGUAGAGGUUAUCAGGCAUGUUGCUGCCGAUGGCAUGUUAUAUGGGUGUAGAGGGAAGACUACGUGUUGUCAUCUUAUAAUCUAACUCUGUGUGAACUGCUAUAUCCGUGAUCUAUUUUGAGAGUUUUCCGCAGUGCCAAAACUUGCGGGAUUUCUGAAGACGCUCGAAUAUUAGCCAAGAGACAAAUUUUGGGAUCUCGUAUCAGGGUGUUUGAUAUUAUACCUAGAGAUGUUAGAGACCAAUGUGAUGGGUCCAGGGCAAGACCUAGGUCUAAUCACGGCUUUAGGGGGUGCGAUGACUACUUCGACUUACGUUUCCCGUAUCGUUUUUGACGUGAUUCUGUCCCGCUUUAAAGGCUGCAAUAUGUUCUCGGCUUAUGUGACUUGUAUGGUAGGAAUCGAGCAUCUUUUCGAGGACAAUUUUUAAGUCUCCCGGAAGUGGUGACCAAAAUUUUGAAUUUUUUUAUAUAGCACUAUUACCCUUGUGUCGGGUGUUCGAGAUCUAUCUCUGCGAGAUGACUUAGUCUGUUUAGGACGUUGAGAGUUUGUUGUGAUCAGCAAUAAACAUAUCGGUAGAUAUUACCGUUUUUGACUCUUCGCGAAGGAUACGUGUUUGAGAAGAUUUUAGUGAGUAUGACUGCUUGUUCUUCCAAGAAGGUGUUUUUAUCGAGGAAGGUAUUUUUGUCGAAAAAACUUAUUCUUCAAGCAUUUGGACGUCUCGCGAUACUGAAGGUUGGUUUUUCUUUUGCAUGCCGCAUUUUCGUGGUUGGAAUGUUUGCGGGCUUGAAGAUGUUUCGCGGUGUUGCAAGAGAUCUUAACCCUACGUCGGAGAAACAUUUUUGGUUUGUCUGCGGAUGUUCGCAGCCAAAACUAAUAUUUCUGUUUGGGUGCUAAUAGUUUAAUUUGCGAUCGAGGAAUUAGGACUGAGGGGUCGCGUAAAUUUGUCCAUAGGAAGAAGCAUUUUCUUUCAUAGUGCUUUGUGAAGUGUUGGCCUUCCGAGAUCUAUUUCAUGCAAUUUUGAGAAUGUUUCGUAUAGCUCUAAGAGCUACAAAUUUUUUCUUACAUGCCGCAUAUUAUGGAUAAAACAUAGCGGGCUUAAACUGAAUUGUGGAAUAUCGAACUUCGUCGACUGUCGACAAGUUUAGGUUUUUCGUUAACUGUUUGGUUAUUUGGAACUGAGUUUCGUAACAAAGAAUUUAGCAUAUGAUUUUCGACUGUGAGCUAUACGAUAAUUAUUCUCUUAAUAGUCACACGACUUUUUUAGACAAAUCGUAGAUUGUCGUUUAGCUGUUAAGUGAUGGAGCGAUGGUUUCUCAAAUAGUUUGGCUUGACGUGAAGGAUGUGUUCACUCAGAUAGCCAAAGAAGUUGUAGGUCAAGGAUUAGACCAUGGUACUUUCGUGUUAACAUUGGGUCAUGUUAGUUUAUGAUCGUCCUUAAAAGGGAUGCCAAAUUCUAGUUUGGACCUUUACUGGAAGGCGUAAUUGACCGAGGGCGAAAGAACGCUUGUCGAGAUUGAUAGGCUAAGUUUGUCGGAGUUAUCCGUGUUAAGAUGGCCAAUAGUCAUAGAAAAUGAUUCUCCGCUUUAGGUUUCAAUUAUACGAUGAAUAUUACGUAUAAUGCUCGACGUUUUAGGAGCAGGACGUUUCUUCUGCACGAAGUUUUCUGCAAAAUUUUGUAUCAGUAAAAUAUUAUGUUGGAAACAUAAUAUGCCGGAAGCAUGAUGGGAAUUAAGUAGGACGGGAGGCAAGCACGGCGGGAUCAAAGCACGGCGGGAUCGAAGCACGACGGGAAAAACCCAAAAUUGGACGAAACCAUGAUUUCGGUAUUAUAGAAUUUCUCGAGGAAACCGAAGGCUCGGGAAAUAUUAAACCUCAAUAUUAAAAUCAGUCUGGAGUUUAUUAAAAUUAUUUAGAGCAUCAAAACGGGAGCGAAAAAAUAUUUGGGAUUGAACGCAGGUCGAAAAUUUACCGGAAGAGUCGAAUGUUUUUAUUUUUUUAAUUAUUAGAACCUCAUUGAGAAUCCAAACGAGUUGUUCUAAGAUCUUCUUGAAUCCCCUAUUUGCUUACCUUCAACAUAUAUAAGAACGUGAACUGAUAAAUUGGUUAUUGAACUAUACACUAUCUGACGUGUUCAUGAUAAAAUGACAAAAACCGAGACACUGAGAAGUUGAAAAGUUACAGUGGCUAAAAUUAUUGCCAAUCUCUCAAUAAUUUUAGUAAGGAAUAGCUUCAGAGCAUAUAAAUUGGAUAAUUCAAGUACUUAAAGCAAUUUUGUGAAAUUUUAAAAAGUUUGUUGAAUUUAUGUAAACUUUUAAGGUAUUUAAUUUAUUUAAAAAUUAGUAUCCAAAUAGAUAACUCAAAUACCCAGUACCUUUUUUAUUCAUGUCUUUCACCAUAUAAGAAAAAAUCCCUAACAGUAGUUAUAUGAAUGGACACAAAAAAAGGAAAUGAUACGGAAAUUUCAAAAUGGGUCCGGGACUCCUGGUCGGGAUCCCGUCCCAGAAUAAUUAGGUAUUUAGUCGGAAACUAGUAAGAAGAAACCUUGACUGAUUCAAUGAUAUGGUAUGUGGCUUACAAAAAGCAGUCACUGUUCCAUAAGAAUUGACUAGCCUAGAAUUGACAUAAACGGUACCACAGAAUGGGCCCGCGCUCAGUUCCCAAACAAAGUAUGAAAAGACAAAUAGUAAUAAAUGAAAGAAAAGCCUUUUUUCAAAAACAAAAAUAAAUAAAUAAAGAAAACUAAAGUGGAAACGCGUAAAAAAAUUUCCUAUUUCACUCAGAAAACCCGAUCUCUACUUCGAAAUACUAGCACUUGCACCUAUUUAAACUCAUAGUGAGCCCAUGAAGUUUUCACACAGAAGCCAAAGUUUUGUAAACAUACACAAAAAGAAACUAAAAUGGUCGAAGAGCUUCCUCCUGUAGGGUUUCGCUUCUAUCCGACGGAAGUGGAGCUGAUUUCGUUCUACUUAAGAAUCCAGCUUGACGGAGGACAUGCUACCAUUUACAGCCUCAUACCCAUCCUGGAUGUGUUUAACGUUGAGCCUACUCAGCUUCCAAAUCUUGCGGGAGAGAGGUGGCAAGGAGACAGAGAACAAUGGCUUUUCUUCGUGCCAAGACAAGAGAGAGAAGCUAGAGGAGGUAGACCGAGCAGGACCACUAAUUCAGGAUACUGGAAAGCAACUGGUUCACCGGGGCCUGUGUUCUCACCGGAUAAUCGAGUGAUCGGAGUUAAGAAGACGAUGGUUUUUUACAUGGGGAAAGCACCUAAGGGGAGAAAGACAAAGUGGAAGAUGAAUGAAUAUAAAGCAAUAGACGAAACAGCCAGCGUAUCUACCAUCCCGAAGUUGAGGCACGAAUUCAGUGUCUGUCGAAUCUACUUAAAAUCUGGAAGCUCGAGAGCUUUUGAUAGACGUCCAACGGAAGGUUCUGGGACAGAGACAAAGCUUCCUAGCAAUGGAAUUGAGACAUCAUCUCACAACGCAAGACCAAUUUCAAUAGAAACUACACAAAGCAACUCAGAGAUGAUUGCUGGGAUAUCAAAACUCCUAGAGAGAAAGCUUCCUAACAAUAGAGCUGAGAGAUCAUCAUGUGCCACAAUAUCAACCUCAUCGGAAACUUCAUAUUCAGGGGGUGAAGACCAAGUUCAGUUACCCGUGAAUGUUACUACUACGCAAAGAAUUUCAGAUAUGAUUGAUGGGCUAUCACAACCAUUUUGGGAAUGGGAACAACUAAAUUGGUCAUAAACCUGUUAAAUUGCCUCUUUACUAUUAUUCUCUGAUCUCAUUUUUUUUAAUUGACAUAAUUUCUAAAGUUUUCAUAUAUGCAUCCCUUUUUGUGCUAAACAAUCUUGGGCUUCUUUCAAAAAUAAUUCAAAACUUGUGGUUAAACAAAAAAGUAACCUUACUUAA